GCAAAAACGAUAUUUUUUAUUAGUUUUGUUUUUUUUUCAAUCAUCUACACUACAAUCUGUGUUAUUUGUUCGUGACGAAAAUAUUUCUUUCGCAUACAUUUUGGCAUAUUCGAGCGCGCGGCGACGCGGCGUGCGUACGUGAGCGCGUGUGACAACCAACUGACUUGCUUUUGUACCGUGAACGGGACGAGAUUCGUAGGUAUAAAUCCGAGCUCGCGCGGAGAGUUCCAUAGGCCUGGUUACAUAAACUAAUUACAGGACUAGGUAGAUAUACCUUAUCCUAUUGCAAGUACAAAGUUACAGAGCAAACUGAGCGCGUAACUACAUUUGUAUGGAGAACCGAGCUUGCUGCGGACUCUCAAAUCAUAUUUUUUUCAUUGGAAAACUUUCAAUAUCAAAAUUACUUAUUAAUUUUGUCAUGUAUGAAUAAACGUAUAAUUAUUUAGCUAAGGGUCGUGUUUGAUAUUUCCAAGACUCUUGUUUAUUCAAAGAUGACAAAAUUAAUUAAGAAAUAAAUAAUACACAAAAAUAUAUAAGGAAGUUGGGUCACACAAAAGCAACCCCGACAAAAAAGCGGCGACCCCAGGUUAUAUUUAUUAUUUAUUAUUUCCAGGUUAUUAUUUAUAUUUCGUUGGCCGUCCAAAGAGUGAACGCCAGCAGCGUGCUAGGAACAUUUACCCGGCUAUCCAAAACUCGUUUUGAAGAUCUAAAUAAAAACAAUAAAUGGCAUACAAUGGUGUUAUCGUAUUGGUGAUAAUUCUAACUUUAGUCAGUUACCAUUCAGUGACUUCGGAAGAUUGUGCACUGGCAGGGAAACUAAACAAAAAUGUCCACCCACCGAAGGAAAUCAAUGCUCGCCGAAACGCUUCGCCCAAAACGCCCAAGCCGGACGUGCUAGGUCCCGCCAUAAAGUACAAGUUUGGGAUAACUUACCCUCCGGGAGUGCGUCCUUAUAAGGGAUAUAAGCCUGAUAAAUCGACCGUAAAAACGCCCCCAACAAACUUCUUCCCCAUGGGAUCUUCUGUCUACACCAUCACGGUGUUCCCCAUUCCACAUUUGAACAUUCACAAAUACUCUCAAGGAGACAGAACGUGCGAUUGGCUCCUCAGAAGCUGUAUGAAGGUAUAUCACACCGGUUACGUUUGCGCUCACGCACUUCACGGCGCAAAAUGGACAUACAACAAUUACUGCGCAAUGGAAUUCACCAACUGCCGACUGAAGUCUAACAUUUGGCAACUGGCCUACUUCGGGAGCUGCGUGGUAUCAAGGAUGCCGGACGCCAAUGAAGACUUUGACAUCGAAGGGGACAACUUCUUAGAAGCCGCAGUUAUCAAUGAGCCUCCUUUCAACCCCUUGAUUGGGGAACAAGAAACAUUAUUUUGAAUUUAAUUCAAUUACAAAUACAUACAAAGAAAUAUUAAAUAAGUUACAACCUUACAACGGGUCACUCAUGUAUUCCGGAUCGGAACGGACGGCACGGUCGGAACGGAGUGAAAAAUGUUUCGACUUAAAAUACGUGAGUGACCCGUUGGAAAUAUUUAAUAUGUAUGCGUCUCACGGAAGUUUUGUUAUUAAAGCACAGAAAGAAA